CACACAUUUUGUAUUCUCUGCCACCAAAAGAACUGUCAUAUUACAGAAACUUGGAUACCCUGAAUUUCAGACCAGUGAGAAAGUGAGUUUGGAGCAAAAAUGGCAGCUUCAUUACAAGCAUCAACAACCUUCUUACAACAACCCAACAAAGUAGUUUCUUCAAGAAACACCCUUCAACUUAGGUCUACUCAAAAUGUUUGUAAGGCUUUUGGUGUAGAUUCUGGUGCUGGUAGAGUCUCUCUUUCUCUUCAGUCUGAUCUUAAGGAGUUGGCUAACAAGUGUGUUGAUGCUACCAAGCUUGCUGGCCUCGCUCUCGCCACCUCGGCUCUUAUCGCCUCGGGGGCAAAUGCCGAGGGAGCGAAGAGAUUGACCUAUGAUGAGAUCCAAAGCAAGACAUACCUCGAAGUCAAAGGAACCGGAACAGCCAACCAAUGCCCAACCAUUGCAGGUGGAGUUGACUCCUUUGCCUUCAAGCCAGGCAAGUACACUGCCAAGAAAUUCUGCCUCGAGCCUACUAAAUUCGCUGUCAAGGCCGAAGGCAUCAGCAAGAACGCCCCACCAGACUUCCAAAACACCAAGCUCAUGACCCGUCUAACCUACACCCUUGAUGAGAUUGAGGGACCCUUUGAGGUUGCACCUGAUGGCACUGUCAAGUUUGAGGAGAAAGAUGGCAUUGACUACGCUGCAGUCACAGUCCAGCUUCCUGGUGGUGAGCGUGUACCCUUCCUCUUCACCAUCAAGCAGCUUGUUGCCUCAGGAAAACCCGAGGCCUUUACUGGAGAGUUCUUAGUCCCAUCAUACAGAGGAUCAUCCUUCCUAGACCCAAAGGGCAGGGGUGGAUCCACAGGAUAUGACAACGCCGUGGCAUUGCCUGCAGGAGGAAGAGGAGACGAAGAAGAGCUCCAAAAGGAAAACAUCAAGAACACUGCUUCAUCAAAAGGGAAAAUUACCUUGAGUGUGACUUCAAGCAAGCCCGAGACCGGUGAGGUUAUCGGAGUGUUCCAGAGUCUGCAGCCAUCAGACACUGAUUUGGGAGCUAAGGUUCCCAAAGAUGUGAAGAUUGAGGGAGUUUGGUAUGCACAACUUGAGCAAUAGAUUGCAGGGUAAUUUCUGUAUGAUUAUUGAGCUCUUUUUGUUGUAAGUUUGUAAGGGAUUUCUAUGACUUCUAUUAUAUUAAGGAGAAACUUAUAACCCUGCUUCUUGUAUAUUAUCAGUUCUUUGUAGAUUUCAUGUCUCAAACUUUUCAUGUCUCAUAUUGAAAUUUAUAUCAACAAUAAAUUGUUUGUGCUA